AUUUCAGUGCAGUGCAGUGAUCUGUGUUGUGUUACUGUGUAUACCGGUUUCAGCUGAGCCCUUUUAAAUUAGGGUACCGCAGCGAAAAUGCCACAACAAAAACAAAUUUGCGGGAUCAGCCUGGGUUCUGUAGGAGUUCUGACUGUAUUAUUCUAUCUUAUCGAUCGAUCAUUAGCUUCAUUAGACGGAUAUAUACCCGGGGAAGAUUACCCGGUCUUCACAGAGGUGCCAAAAGGCUUAUCGUUUACCUGUGACGAUAAGAUUCCCGGAUACUAUGCUGAUCCUGAAACUAUGUGUCAAGUGUGGCAUUGGUGCGUGCCCAGCAUUGGCGGCAACCUCAUGUACUCGUUCGUGUGCGGCCCCGGGACUGUCUUCAACCAGAGGACCAGGGUCUGUGACUGGUUCUUCAAGGUGGAUUGUCCAAACGCUCCAGCUUACUACGGGAUCAACGAAGACCUGUACAAGGAUGAAGCCGGAAACUUUAUAAACGGGAAAAAGUAGAUCUUAAACCCUUAUGGAGAUGUGCCCACUAUUGACUUAAUUCAUCGACUAUUUACGAACUUAUAUCGACCAGAAAUGUUAUGUCAAAAUUGUUAGAGUUCUUUAGAGAGCUGAAGUAUUUUUUAUCUAUUUUUUACUACAAAUCUCUUGGAUAUAAUUUUCAAGUUCUGCUUCUUCUUUCUAAAUUCAGACGUAAAAUGGCAGAAAAACAAAAAAAAAACGCAGAGGUGAUGCAACCGCAAAAAAAAUACCAAACAUUAUCAAUACUCCUUUUAUGGGAAAUCG